UUCCUUUUUGCUUGCUCAUUAUUAUCAGUUUUUUGUGCAAACAAUGGUUGUGGUAGGGAACGUCUCAGCGUGUCUGGUCAACGCAGAGACCAAGGAGCCCUUCAAGGAGCACCGAGGACCUGAUGGAAACGUGUAUGCUGAGGUGGAACCCGACAUGGAGUAUUUUAUAGAGAUUGCAGUGGUUGGAAUACCGAACAAAGCGUUUGAUUUUGGUUUUGUUGUGGACGGGAAAAGACUUUCUUAUCAGCAGCCUUGUGAGUUGAAGCAUGGGCGUCAGCAUUGUGGCAUUGUGUCCGUCGAGAAUGGCACCAGAGUGAAUCAAGCGCUCUGCUUCCGACAGCCCAAACGAGAUACCCAAAACCUAGAUCCGUAUUCACAAGCGUUAGUGGGUGAAAUUCAGGUGGACGUUUUCGACGCCAUUUCUGUGGGCCUUCAAGCACCAAGCGAUAUACAAGCAAGCACCAUCGAUGUAGCCGCUGUUGAUGCUGGCAUUGGUGAAGAUAAAAUUCUGCGAUCAGGGCAGGGAAGUAUUGAGCAAGUGACACAUCAUCCUGCGAUGGCCCUCACAUACGCUUCAGGACAGUUCCUCCAAACCAUUACAAUUCACUAUUGCACGGCCAUGGGAUUGAUUCAUGCAGGUGUCUUGCCAAAACCGGAUAUUUGGACGUUUGCUCGCAUGGGCAUGAAAAAGCGUCCAAUAUCCCAUGACAUUCUCAAGAUUCAACCCAAACGCAUCAAAUCUGGUGGCCUGUUCGUGGGGGAUUCCCUCCUUGAAGAACCUAAAGAGUUUGAUUUCUUUGACUUGACCCAUCUACAGGACGAGGAUGACAAAGACAACAGUGCAUCAGAUGCGGAUUUCCAUCAUCCCGUUACACCGCCACAUUCAUGAAUGAAGUCAACGCUUCAUGGACAAGAAGUUAUAGGCAAACCAGGCGAGCAGAUUUGAAGCUCAUGUCCGGUCGCAUCUCCAACGAAUCCUUCCAUUAUGUAUUUUGACUUGGUAUACCGGUAGGCACCAGUCCCACAAGCUGCUAGCUAUCCCUACUUGCUAGAGCCCAGGUAAGGACAUGGGAUGACUCCCAAAUAAAACAGCAAGAUUCGAUUCAGUUUCCCAAGCUAAAACGUAAAGCUGAAAUCACCAUGGCUCCUUCGUGGAUAGGUGUCGCGUCGUUCUCUUUGCACUAGCAGCUCGCUGGUCGGCUGCCUAGCGUCGUUAUCAAUUCCAUCACCAUC